ACGUCCAUAGCUAACAUUAGCUUCCUGGGGUUGGUCAGUGGGUUGCCAUGUUUUGUAUUGCAAUGCAUUGGACAGGGCUCAUGAUGGCGGCCACCAUGAAUUUUCUCAACCUCCUGAUUGCUGAGUAGAACCAGGCUGAUAACGACAGUCUCCGUAUUUAUGAACAGUCAUGUUUCAAAGAAGCCUGCUUAAUUUACUGCACUGUGAUAUAAAGGCCUGUUUUGCAUUUGCAACAACAAAUGCAAAUGAUUACGUACAAAUGCAUGAGAACUGGACAAGAUGGGACCCUAUUAUUCUGUUCUAGCCAGGUGUGAGCUGUGACGCGUGUUUAAAAGGGAACUUCAGAGGGCGCCGGUACAAGUGUUUAAUUUGCUACGACUACGACCUGUGCGCAUCGUGCUACGAGAGCGGAGCUACCACAACGAGACACACGUCGGAGCACGCCAUGCAGUGUAUAUUAACCAGGGUAGACUUUGACCUGUAUUACGGCGGUGAGGCGUUCUCAGUAGAGCAGCCCCAGAGCUUUUCCUGUCCUUACUGUGGUAAGAUGGGCUACACAGAGACAUCCCUACAGGAGCAUGUCACCUCAGACCAUGCAGAGACUUCCACAGAGGUGAUCUGUCCAAUAUGUGCUGCGUUGCCGGGCGGGGACCCCAAUCAUGUGACUGACGACUUUGCUGCUCAUCUCACACUUGAACACAGAGCACCUAGAGACUUAGAUGAGUCCAGUGGCGUCCGGCACGUGCGUCGGAUGUUCCACCACGGUCGCGGGCUGGGCGGUCCUAGGGCACGCAGGACCAACAUGCACUUUACUAGCAGCUCCACUGGGGGGCUCUCUUCCUCACAGAGUUCCUCUUACUCCCCCAGUACCAGGGAAGCCAUGGACCCUAUAGCAGAGCUGUUGUCUCAGCUGUCGGGCGUGCGGCGCUCUGCGGGUGGCCAGCUCAACUCGUCGGGCCCGUCUGCGUCUCAGCUGCAGCAGCUACAAAUGCAGCUGCAGCUGGAGCGCCAGCAGGCCCAGGCGGCCCGCCAACAGCUGGAGACGGCCAGGAACGCCACACGACGCUCUAACCCCGGCGGCAACAUCAGUGCCACCAUCCCACCUCCCAGCGCCAACUCGGUCGGCGUGGCCGAGAGCAAUCCCAUGGCCUCCCACAGCUCCCAGUUCCUGCUCACACGUUUGAAUGAGCCCAAGAUGUCGGAGGCGGAGCGGCAGGCGCUGGAGGGUGAACGCGCCGACCGCAGCCUGUUUGUCCAGGAGCUGCUGUUGAGCACGCUGAUGCGCGAGGAGAGCUCCUCUUCGGACGAGGACGAGCGGCGAGACUUUGCCAGCUUUGGGGCCAUGGGCUGCGUGGAUAUCAUGCCUUUAGACGUGGCCCUGGAGAACCUCAACCUCAGGGAGAGCGGUACUGGCGGUUACAACAGCAGCUCUAGGAGCUCUAAGGAACCUCCACCACCUCCUCUUUGAUGAUAUCCCAGCACCACGCAGACUUUGUCCUCUGUGCUGCCACUGCCAGUGACGGGCGGGCAGCAGGAUCUUUUGGGGUUUGUUUUUUGGUGAUUGUAAUUUCAGGUCUGUCACCUUUGUUACAUUUGUGUACAACCAUAAAAAAGGAGAGCGGGAGCGAUUGGGGAAAGUGCAAGUGGAUGAGUGCGCAGCGCUAAGCGAGCGAGAGAUUGAGAGAAUAUAUAUAUAUCUCAAAUGUUGAUAAUCAGUUCUACACAACUAAUUUUUUCCUUUAGCAGGUAAGCAUUAGGUAGAUGUGGCAGAUCUCUCUUCCUGUUCUCAUGCAAAAUGAUCUCCUUAUAAAUACCCCACAUUCAAAACCUGAAGAGGAACCAGACACCCUAUGGUGAAGCUGCUGUGUGUAUUUAUGACUUAACAAAUAAAAAGUGCUUGGAUGGUUAACCAUAAACUACUGCAUGAGGUUCUUUGCAUCGUGCAUGACUUUUAAUGACCUCAUCAUUAAAAAGGGAGAGAGAAAAUAUCCCGACGCUUUCUCUCGCCAACCAUUUUAAACGGUUACUUGAAACAUGAUUUGAGUUUUUCCGAAAAAUGUGAUAUUGCAAAAAAAACUGACAUGCUGAAUAAUUUAGGAACUUUUUAUAACUUUUUUGUUUGAAAUAGAAAAACAACCUAUUGGAAUCUGCAGUAGCUUUAAAAAGAAAACAAUGCAAUGUGUUUAUCUCUCAGCUCCAGUUGGUCCUUCCCUCCUUUGUGACAUCGUCUGACUAUAACAUCAACUUGCUGCACUAACAGCAAAACUCAAGAGAAACUCGAGACAUCUGCAUUCACUUAGCAGAUAAAAUAAUACAAUACUAGGAGCAGAAAAACAAGAUCUUGUCUCUGACAUUUUUCCUAGCUGUUGAUUGUUCUAGUGAGAAGCUGUGUGUAACCACCAGAUGUUGUUUCUAAUUUAUGCACCUGUACAGAAGAACUAGUCUCCCAUUCUCAUCGAUCGCACUCUACUCUUCUCCAUCUCUCUGCUUCUGUAGGCCCAGAUUCCCUAAGUUAAUUUGUAUUACUUUCUUUGAGGAAGGGGAGCGCGAGACUUUCCACAUUGCAGGCAUUGUUUUUUGUUCGACUGAAGAAUGAUUAUUUUUUCUCAGCUAAGGAUAGCACCUUCUAUUUAUGAUUUUAGUUUCUCUGAUUCUUUUAAGCCUUGUAAUGAAUCAUACCACCUCCAUGCCUAUACUCUUAUCCUCUGUAAAAUACAAUGAGAUGUAUAUUGAAUUUGUGCGUUAACUUUCAUAAUGGUUCUAGGAUAUGGGCAGACCUUUUUUUUUAUUUUUAAUGUAAAUUUAGAAUACAAUAAACUGCGCACAGCUUUUGAUGAAACCAA